AUGGCUCAUGAGGAUAUCUUCUCCCGAUGUGGUUCUUCUUGGCUCUUAUUGCGUCAUCUUGCUGCAGAUGUGGUUCUUCUUGGCUCUUAUUGCUUCAUCUUAGAGCGUCAUCUUGCUGCAGAUGUGGUUCUUCUUGGCUCUUAUUGCGUCAUCUUGCUGCAGAUGUGGUUCUUCUUGGCUCUUAUUGCGUCAUCUUGCUGCAGAUGUGUGCUUCUUGUGCUCUUAUUUGCUUCAUCUUAUGACGUCACCUUCUCAGAUGUGGUUCUUCUUGGCUCUUAUUGCUUCAUCUUAGAGCGUCAUCUUGCUGCAGAUGUGGUUCUUCUUGGCUCUUAUUGCGUCAUCUUAGAGCGUCAUCUUGCUGCAGAUGUGGUUCUUCUUGGCUCUUAUUGCGUCAUCUUAGAGCGUCAUCGUGCUCUUGACGAUGGAGAGGUUUACGAGACCGUCAAGGAAGAGGAGUGGCUGACGAGGAAGAAGGUGACGAAGACGACCACGAAGAACAUCGAGACGAGGACGCAGCGGCAGGUGGUGCUAGAGGACGGCCAGGUGGUGGAAGACAGUGGUCCAGUGAUCACAACUGACUGUAAGGAGGAUACUGUCACCCAGGAGGUGGUGGCUGAUGAGACACUGACGCCAGAGGGGCAGCCGAAGGAGCUUGAGGCUCCCCCUGGCGAGGAGUGGGUGCCAGUGGGAGGCGCUGUCAUAGUCUCGGAGAAGAAGGAACACAUUGUCAACUCCCACCAGGUGGCUGAGAACAGACGGGAGACUGAGGAAAUCACUCACCUGGGUGAUGUCACCAACCAGGAAGUAGAGGAGCACGUGUAUGGUGAGGGAGACCUGAGGGCGCUGACGCAGGCGAGGGAGGGGCGAGGGUGGGAGGUAGCUCGCCCAGAGAAGAGACUGGUCCACCAGUCAGCCAGGAAGUGGGGCACUGUUGAUACCCAGGACGUCCAUGAGACGAGUCGCAUCCAGGAUGGUCAUGUGGUGACGGAGACGGAGAAGACCACUCAGCACGAGGACUACGAAAACGAGUCAGUGCCAGACUCUGGGUCGUCCCUCAGUGACGGCUCCGUGCACGAGGAAGCGCACGAGACCCACCACAACAUCGUGCACACGAAGGACGAGGACCUGGUUGAGUAUUACGGCGUGCCCCGUGGCGCCACUCUCGCCCAGGGUGUCAAGCUUGGUGAGGGGAUGCAUGUGGUGAGUGAGGACUUCCACGAGGACCGGGAAGGGGAGGAGCUCGAUUCCCUCAGUGAGAGACUUCGCCGUGCUCGCCGCCUGGGAGCCAUCAAACCCAAGCCACGAGACACGCCAGAGCGCACGGACGCCCUCACUCGCCGACCCCUCGACUACCAUCAAGAGGAGGAAACCCGCAAGUCAGAGACCAACCGCUGGCUUGAGAACCACUUUGGAAGUGAAUCUGGACGCUCAGGCAGCUCCCACCACGAACCUGAGGAGGCAAGUGGCGUACAUACUGCCGGCGGUAACGUUAUCACCAUCACCAUGAGUCCCCGCCCAGCCACCCCUGAGGACAUGCCCGAUGCCCCUCCCCCACCCAUACACCGAUGGCCUGCAUCUUCGUCACUCUCACAGAACCAUUCACUGGCGUCUAAAGCGCCGCCACCGCCACAGCCGCCUAAACCAGCUGCGGCUUGGACGCCGUCGCCACCAGCACCGUCACAUCAGCAACCAGCGCCACACAAUGGCGAGGAAAUAACUGACACCAUGAUCGCUGCUGCUCGAGCCAGGCUGCGCUCUACUGGGCGCAUCCUCGAUGACAGUGACCAAGGCAAUCCGCCCCUCAGUCCACCCUCCACUAAUGGGACUAGAUUCACAAGUUUACAGGAUCGGGUGCAUGUGCAAGCAUCUUCUGCAGGAACGUUCAGCUCACCCCCAGUCUCUCCCACAGGAAUUAGUCGUCCUGAUGACCCAGUGUAUGGUAGCAGGUUCAGAUCUGGCAGCCCCAGUGGGCCUUCUCGUUUAUUUUCCACACACAACAGAAGCUAUAGACCAGCAGCACCGUCUCCCCCAGAGAGCCCUCCACCGCCCGUUCCAGUCACACCACCACCACCUCCAAUCAAUGUCAACAGGUCACAGUCAUUCAAUACAGCCAACAAGAGUUGGAUGAAUAGUAAUUUAAAGACAUCUUCAUCUCGUCUUAUGGACUCGAGGCUGAAGGAGUACCGCAGUGAGGAACAGCUUGACACUGUGGGUCACAAACCAUACACUCGCUGGUCCACUACACACAGAGAAAUUUCACCUGAACCCUCGAGGGAACUCACUCCUCCACCUCCUCCACGACAACGCACCUCUCACACACCUCAGUCAAAGUACACGCACUAUAAUACUGCACCUACCAGGUCUUCCAGGUCCUCUAAGACCUCCGAGUUUGCAACACAAACAGUUGCUCGGGAUUCAGGCACACAGACUGACCCAUCCCCAGUACCACCACCACGUACCAAGAAAAAGAACAGGCCUAAAACUUACUAUUUUGGGCAGGAUUCUUCCUCAUCGACAUCUUCCUCAAACAGAGUAACGAAAACUCCCACUAAUGCAGCCACAAACACUGUAUCUUACACUAACACAAAUAAGCAGAACCAGUCGUCGCCCAAAGUAGAAAGAAGGUUCCGCACUACAAAAACCAUCACGCCCGUCAUAGUGCCCACCACCAACGCCAGCAGUACAAACCACAACUCAAUCUUGAAGAACCGCUCUUGGCAUUACCGUAGCAUGGACGAACUUAGUACUGGCGUGGAGAGCACUCCUAAGGCCUCCUGGACGAACACUGUUGACCCGCGUCGCCGCCCUCGCAACUAUAACAAAGCAAAAGAACCAGAGACUAAAACGCUUCCCAAAAAACUGGUGAAUGGCACCUUGUCUCCCAGUAAAACGUAUAUAUUUGGUGGUGACAAUACCUCAAGUGUGAGUCGUGUACAGCCAGAGUCUUCAUCUCACCUCCGAAGAUCUCAUGGAGGAUCUAUGGUCAAUGUGUCUCUAGCCAGUAUGUCUUCUCCAAAGAGCAAAGUUCAAAUAGAACAGGAAGAUAGGCAAUCACCACCCAGAAAUAUCCGUCCUGUUAUCAGGAGUAAAAGUCUAAAUGUAAAGCCUGCCCCCCUGAGCACCGUGCCGUCUUCAGUGGGAGUGCCAUCAGGCAGUGGCCUUUCUAGCCAUCAGCGGACGUCUUCUGUAUAUAAAUCCUCUCCAUACCUUAAUCUGAGAAGUCCCAACCUCAUUGCUACCAUCGCCCGUUCAAACUCUACCAGACGAACAACUGAAGACCAGAAUGGUGACUAUGAGGAUGAGGAGUCUCUGCCUCCUGGUGAGCGCUACACUUCUCGCAACACGCCCCACACUGCUGCAUAUAACAGCCACAACCCACCCACCAUGAAUGGUCAAGAUAACCGAGAUGAGGAGAAACGAAAUAGAUUCAUGAAAGGCCUCUUAACAUCGGCUCCUGAGCUCUUCCAUUUCAUCCAUGGUGAUGAGGUUGAUAAGCAAGGAAGUGAGAGUGUGCCCAGUAAAACUCGUCUGUCUCCCAACCCGCCAGAAUCUCCUCCACAACUAAUUAGACCUCCAGAGUCUCCUGUGACUUCCCCAACGGUCACAUCACCGCCAACUUCAGCACCUCGUAUCUUUACUUUUGGGCGAGGAGAGACGGGAUCUCUGAAGCGUAAUCCUACACUGUCGCAGGAGAGUAGCUCUAACAACCGUUUCACCAGUCUAGGAAGGCCCCGGGAGAGCAUUACCAGCAACUACCGGGACAACUCCAGCAGCCGUAAGGAUGCCACUACCACUAAUCAUCGCAACAGUCUAAGCUCCCAGUACCAUCGUAACGCCCUCCUCAGCAACAAUGGAACCACUUCCCUCAAUCGGCCAAAAUUCAAUCUGAAAUCUUCCGGAGGAUCUUCUAUUUUGUAUUCUACCUCCUUUCGUAACAGACAAGAUCCUGGGCCAGCCUCGCUUACUCGGCGAGGGUCGGACUCCCACGACCCGCCUACCCAGUCGCAGAGAUGGAGAGAACAGAAUGACAACGCUGUGGCAGGGAAAGCCGGGGAAAAGGUCUCCUCAAAUAUCACCCGAGACGGCGCUGUUCUCAUACCCAUAAGAGACUGGAACAGCCGCUGAGGCAUUGGUGCUAAAGAUAGAUGUAGUGUUAAUACAAAUGACGCGUGAAAAUUUCCGUGUCGACCUAUCAUACCAAACAUUUGUAAUGGAUAGUUUCCUUAUACUCUUGACAAGCUUUUGGUUAGAUCCAGAAUAUGUUGAGAAAAAGCUUUUCAAGAAAGAGUAUCAGGCAGUAGCUUCAAAAAUCUGGUGAUAAAAUUUCAAGUCAUUUCAGUAUAUACUAGUAUCAAGAUAUUUAUUAAUAUUUACUGUUAUAUCUGCCACUUUUCUACUUAUCACGCUACAGUCACAAAAAAAAAAUUAAAACCACUGAAGAGGCUCAUAAAAGGUGGGGAGCUCUCCCGGUCUCGCUGUUGUGAGCCGAGGUUGAGCUCCCUGGUGAUCCAACCCUGGCUCACCUUCCUGCUGUAGCAGUGAUUGUUGAGUGAUGUCUCACCUUGCUACAGCAGUGAUUAAUGUCUCAUUUUCUUGCUGUAGCAGUGAUUAUUAAUUAAGUGGCAUGUCCAUCUCAUGUGUCUCACUUUCCUACUGUAGCAGUGAUUGUUCAGUGAUGUCUCACCUCUGCUGUAGCAGUUAUUGUUGAGUAAUAUGUCUCACCUGUGCUGUAGCAGUGAUUGGUGAAUGGUGUGGUUCACUUCACCUGGCUAACCUUCUGCUGUAGCAGUGAUUGUUCAGUAGUGUGGCCCACAUCACUUGUCUCACCCACCUGCUGUAUAGUGUAACUUAAUAGUGGGAAGCGACCCACCUAGCCUGGUUCACCUACAUCUUGCAGCAGUCUGACUUACAAUUAUUUCUGUUGAAAAACAAAGGACAGUACGAGCGGUAAUGAUAUAUAUAUAUAUAUAUAUAUAUA